UAGAAAAGAGGUUUAGUUUUUCACUUCCCCGGCCCAUCCAGCAGGCCAAAGUCCUCUAGCUAUUCAAACUUUUUAUUUCCUCGGAAUCAUUUUCUGAGUUGGGUGGCAGCCGACCAGCAGAAUGAAUCCUGGCCAAAUUCUGCAAGAUGCCCCCGUCCGAAAAAUUGCCAUCUUUGGCGGCACACACGGCAAUGAGCUCUCGGGGGUGUUUCUGGUCAAAUCUUGGCAGGAAAAUGGAGUGGAAAUCGAAAGGCUGGGGUUGGAGGUACGGCCUUUCCUGGCUAACCCACGAGCUGUGGAAAAAUGCUGCCGAUAUAUAGACUGUGACCUGAACCGGGUGUUUGAUUCCGAAAAUCUUGGCAAAGAGCUGGCAGACAACAUCCCCUAUGAAGUCCGACGGGCCCAAGAAAUCAACGGCCUCUUUGGUCCAAAGGGCCAGCCUGGCGCUUAUGACCUGAUCUUCGAUCUUCACAACACGACCGCUAGCAUGGGUGGGACCCUCAUCCUGGAAAGCUCCAGCGAUUGCUUUGCCAUUCAGAUGUGCCACUAUAUCCAGCAUGCUGUGUCCCCAGACAGAUGUCCAGUCUUACUUCUCGAACAUCCCAAUUUAAAAUACGCAACGACCCGAUCUGUGGCAAAACAUCCAAUUGGUGUUGAAGUUGGCCCUCAGCCUCAAGGCGUUCUGAGGGCCGACAUUUUGGAUAAAAUGAGGACAAUCGUCCGACAUGGGCUGGAUUUCGUGGCAAAAUUCAAUGCAGGACAAGAAUUCCCUCCAUGUACCAUUGAGAUCUAUAAACUAUUGGAGAAAGUUGAUUAUCCCAGGAACCCAAGAAAUGAGAUUAUGGCUGUCAUUCACCCAAAUUUACAGGAUCGAGAUUGGCAGCCGCUAAAUCCGGGUGAUCCCAUAUUUUUGACUCUGGAAGGAAAGGCCAUCGCGUACGACGGAGAGGCGACGGUAUACCCAACCUUUGUGAACGAGGCCGCCUACUACGAAAAGCAACAAGCCUUCGUAACGACGGCAAAAGAAAAAUUGAGCGCAAAAGGGCUCCAAGUCUCUUUAAACUUCCUCUAAAGUGCCUGCAAAUAUUUCUCGUCCUAGCUCCUAGACCGAAAAUUCAAUUUAUUGUUGUAAGCCGUGGUGCGAUUCAACCAGUGUAAGAACCGGUUUGGUGAGUGCACGCUUCGUGUGGGUGUAGCAUUUUUAAAAAGCCAAUUUUCAGCUCUAAUACUUACCUUCUACUGCCGCGCGAAUCAGCUAUGCUCUA